GCGUAUCCGGUCCGGGACUUCAGGUCUGAUGACAGAGACCGCUUCACCGGAGCAGCCCCUCCACCGGAUCCCUCCGCGGGGUCAGAAACACUUUUUACACAACACAAACAAACGGACCCGGACUGAGGCGGACCCGGAGACCCCUACACGUCUUAAAGUCUUGCUCCCGGUGCGCGCCACCUCUAUCCACAAGCUCGACCCGGUCCACGGUUCUGGUCCGGGACAGUGGUCCAUGUUCAGUGGGACCUACUUCUCCUGCUGGCGCUGACAGGCGGUGCUUCGGUCGCUCCCAAACAUGGCCUCCAUGACGGAGCGACCGCUUCAACUUUAAUUUGUCGCCAGUUUUUCAGCGCAAAAACCGUGUUUUUCUCUUCCUUCCGCGAUUAAAGGGAUGUUCCGUCUGGACCCGGUACCAUGCCGGACUCUGUGACCCGGACGCGGUCUCCCGGAGAAGUUCGCUGCUGGAUUUAAGAACUGAUCUCGGUUUGAAGUUGUCUGGAAAGCUGGAGAGGAAAAAGAGAACCGCAUCAAAUCAAAUGCCAUCUGAGGCUCAGUCUCAGGAGCCUCGGGACAGAGGACCGCCGCCUCCCGUCACCCGCGCCGGGCGCAGCGCUCAGCUGGCCAAAGCCGCCGCCGCUACUAGCCCCGCCGCCGAGAGGCGGCCUCGUGGGAGACCUCGGAAAGAUGGGAGCAGCGGCCGUUCUGCGCCUCCCACCCCUCCACCUCCGCCGCCGCCUGCUCCUCCUCCGCCGCCACCUCCAAAAUCAAGGAAGAAGGGGCGGAGUCGAGGCCGAGCCCAGGUAGAGGACGAAGAGAGCACGGAUGCCGCGGAGACCAAACCCCCCCAGAAGACCGGUGGAGAGCGUGCAGCGUCCGCAGAGGCGAAGGAGGUCAAGGAGAAGACAACGGGACGCCGCCGGUCCACCUCCAGGAGAAAAUCCACAAACACAAAUCCAGAACCCAGCCAGGACCCGCUCAGCCCGCAACCUAAGCCGGACCCUGACCCUACGGUCCCAGAAUCCUGCCCAGAACCAGCUCCCAGUGCUGAGGAGGAGGACAGAACCGGCCCUGCUCCUGCUGCCCCGCUCGCCGCCUCCAGCCCAGGACCAACUUCCAGUCCUGGGGAAGAACCUCGGGUCAGUCAGCCCCCCUCCCCCGCCCCGUCCCCUGAACGUAGCCCGGUCCACAGCCUCGCCUCCAGCCCCAGACCUGCUCCUGAUCCUGUGGAGGAGGACCGGCCCAGUCCGAGCCACAGCCCCGCGCCCAUGGAGGUAGACCGCAGUCCUAGCACGGUUCCUAUGGAGACAGAUGGGGGCGGGGCCAGUCCCAUGGAGCGCAGUCCCACCAUGAGCCCCUGCUCCAGUCCUCCGAUCUCCCCCCGUCCCCGACUGGAGGACGAGGACUCUCUGUCCCCCCUGUUCCAGCGCUGUCUGUCGGAGGACUCGGGGGCCUCGCCGACCGCCAGCCUGGGACACACCAAGCAGCGUCUGAAGCAGUGUGCCUUCUGUUACCGUGGCGACGAGCCCCCCCUUGGCCAGGGCCGCCUGGUGGUGUUCGGCCCGACGCCGGGCUACAUCCCGCUUCACAUUCUCAACCGCCGCGCCUCCCCUGACCGAGACAACGACUGCCACGACCACUGCUACCGCGGCGACCUGGCCCCGCCCGCGUGCAGCAGUCCAGAGCAGAGUGAGUCUUCCUCAGAGUUUGUGCAGCAGCUCGGACCCAUCGGCCUUCCACACGACAUCGACGUCCAGUCGCUGUUUGACCCCACAGGUCAGUGCUGCGCCCACCUGCAGUGUGCCGCCUGGUCAGAAGGGGUGUGUCGUGGCGAGGGCCAAUCGCUGCUCUACGUGGACAAAGCCAUCGACUCAGGAAGCACGCAGGUGUGUGCAUUCUGCCGCCGGCUCGGAGCGUCGCUGCGCUGCCAGGAGACGAACUGUGGGCGGAGCUACCACUUCCCCUGCGCCGCCGCGGCCGGAGCUCACCAGGACUGGAAGCAGAGACGCACACUGUGUACAAGACACACUCACGCAGUGUCCUCACAAUGCGUCUUGUGUUCGGGCAGCGGUGACGUCAGCGGCGUGUUGAUGUGCUGUUGCUGCGGUAACUGUUAUCACGGCAGCUGCCUGGACCCCCCCCUGACGCCCUCGGCCCUGUGCAGGACCGGCUGGCAGUGUCCUGAGUGUCGAGUGUGUCAGAGCUGCAGGCUGCGAGGAGAUGACGGCGUGUUGCUGGUGUGUGAACGCUGUGAUAAAGCCUACCACACACACUGUCUCACACCACCUCUGGAUCACACACCGAGCACCAGCUGGAGCUGCAAGAACUGCAGAACCUGCCGCCGCUGUGGUGUGAGGUCAUCAGGCCAGUGGGCCAAUCACCCGUUUCUGUGCGAGUCGUGUGACCCGGCCCUGCCCUGCCCUCUCUGUGACCAUGCCCCUGAUCUCUACACACCACAGGACUAUCUGACUUGUAUCUGCUGCUUUAGGUGUGUCCAUAAAGAGUGUAUUGUCCAGGCUGGGGAGGGCAGGGCGGGGUCUGAAGAUUACGUCUGCUCCACCUGCAGGCCUCAGGAGGAGGAGCUAAUCCCACACACUCCAAUCCCUCACACUCCUACCCCGGCAUCGCCCAUCAGUCCCACGCAGUUAGCACCUGUUAGCAUUUCACAACCACCGAUUCCAAGUGACAUCUGUUCAGAGCCACCACAGAGUCCUACCAAGACCCUCUGUAUGCAAUCGCAGCAAAGUCUUACGCCAUCUCACCCUGAACCCACUGAACUCCAACAUAGUCGUCCUGCGCCAUCUCACCAUGAAUCCACAGAGCUCCAACAUAGUCCUGCACCAUCUCAUCCUGAACCCACAGAACUCCAAUACAGUCCAGCACCGUCUCACCAUGAAUCGACAGAGCUCCAACGAAGUCCUGCACCAUCUCACCCUGUACCUGCACAGGUCAAACACAGUCCUGCCUCAUCUCACUCUGAACCCACAGAGCUCCAACAUAGCCCUGCCCCAUCUGACCCUCAAUCCACAGAGCUCCAACAUAGCCCUGCCCCAUCUGACCUUCAAUCCACAGAGCUCCAACAUAGCCCUGCCCCAUCUCAACCUGAACCCACAGAGCUCCAACAUAGCCCUGCCCCAUCUCAACCUGAACCCGCAGAGCUCCAACAUAGCCCUGCCCCAUCUCAACCUGAACCCGCAGAGCUCCAACAUAGCCCUGCCCCAUCUCAACCUGAACCCGCAGAGCUCCAACAUAGCCCUGCCCCAUCUCAACCUGAACCCGCAGAGCUCCAACAUAGCCCUAGCCCAUCUGACCCUCAGCCCGCAGAGCUCCAACAUAGCCCUGCCCCUUCUGACCCUCAGCCCGCAGAGCUCCAACAUAGCCCUGCCCCUUCUGACCCUCAGCCCGCAGAGCUCCGACAUAGCCCUGCCCCAUCUCAACCUGAACCCACAGAGCUUCAUCAUAGCCCUGCCCCAUCACACCCGGAACUCACACAGCUCCAACAAAGCCCUGCUCCAUCUCACACGGAACCCACAGACCUCCAACAUAGCCCUGCCCCAUCUCACACGGAACCCACUGAGCUCCAACAUAGUCCUGCGCCAUCUCACCUUGAACCCACUGAGCUCCAACAUAGCCCUGCGCCAUCUCACCUUGAACCCACUGAGCUCCAACAUAGUCCUGUGCCGUCUCACCCUGAACCCACUGAGCCCCAACAUAGUCCUGCGGCGUCUCACCCCGAUCCAACAGAGCUCCAACAAAGUCCCCCGCCAUCUAACCCUGAACCCACUGAUCUCCAACAAAGCCCUGCCCCAUCUCACCCAGAUCCAACAGAACUCCAACAUAGUCCUGCGCCGUCUCACCCCGAUCCAACAGAGCUUCAACAUAGUCCUGCGCCGUCUCACCCCGAUCCAACAGAGCUCCAACAUAGUCCUGCGCCGUCUCGCCCCGAUCCAACAGAGCUCCAACAUAGUCCUGCGCCGUCUCGCCCUGAACCCACUGAGCUCCAACAUAGUCCUGCGCCGUCUCGCCCUGAACCCACUGAGCUCCAACAUAGUCCUGCGCCGUCUCGCCCUGAUCCAACAGAGCUCCAACAAAGUCCUCCGCCAUCUAACCCUGAACCCACUGAGCUCCAACAAAGCCCUGCCCCAUCUCACCCUGAUCCAACACAGCUCCAACAAAGUCCUGCAUCAUCUAACCUUGAACCCACUGAGCUCCAACAUAGUCCUGCGGCGUCUCGCCCUGAUCCAACAGAGCUCCAACAAUGUCCUCCGCCAUCUAACCCUGAACCCACUGAUCUCCAACAAAGCCCUGCCCCAUCUCACCCUGAUCCAACACAGCUCCAACAAAGUCCUGCAUCAUCUAACCUUGAACCCACUGAGCUCCAACAUAGUCCUGCGGCGUCUCACCCUGAUCCAACAGAGCUCCAACAUAGUCCUGCGGCGUCUCACCCUGAUCCAACAGAGCUCCAACAUAGUCCUGCGGCGUCUCACCCUGAUCCAACAGAGCUCCAACAUAGUCCUGCGGCGUCUCACCCUGAUCCAACAGAGCUCCAACAUAGUCCUGCGGCGUCUCACCCUGAUCCCACUGAGCUCCAACAUAGUCCUGCGGCGUCUCACCCUGAACCCACUGAGCUCCAACAUAGUCCUGCGGCGUCUCACCCUGAACCCACUGAGCUCCAACAUAGUCCUGCGGCGUCUCACCCUGAACCCACUGAGCUCCAACAUAGUCCUGCGGCGUCUCACCCUGAACCCACUGAGCUCCAACAUAGUCCUGCGGCGUCUCACCCUGAACCCACUGAGCUCCAAGAAAGUCCUGCGGCGUCUCACCCUGAACCCACUGAGCUCCAAGAAAGUCCUGCGGCGUCUCACCCUGAACCCACUGAGCUCCAAGAAAGUCCUGCGGCGUCUCACCCUGAACCCACUGAGCUCCAAGAAAGCCCUGCGCCGUCUCACCCUGAACCCACUGAGCUCCAAGAAAGCCCUGCGCCAUCUCACCCUGAUUCAGAAGAGCUCCAAGAAAGCCCUGCGCCAUCUAACCUUGAACCCACUGAGCUCCAAGAAAGCCCUGCGCCAUCUAACCUUGAACCCACUGAGCUCCAAGAAAGCCCCGCGCCAUCUAACCUUGAACCCACUGAGCUCCAAGAAAGCCCUGCGCCAUCUCACCCUGAUCCAACAGAGCUUCAAGAAAGUCAAGCGCCAUCUCACACUGAACCCACAGAGCUCCAAGGACGUCCUUCGCCAUCUAACCCUGAUGAUGCAGAGCUCCGGGAAAGCCCUGUGUCACUUAUUGUUGAUCCUAUACCAUGCCCUGCUGGUCCGGCUGAGCUGCAAAAAAGCCCUAUCUAUGUGACUUCCAAGCAGGCUCAGCAUAGUCCUCGACCGCUCACUUACACCUCUUCAAGCCCCACACAGAAUUCCACAGAGCAUCAGCUCAUGUCCACAGAGUCUGAGCAGAAUACAAUGCAGGGUAGUCCUAUGCCUUGUAGCCAUGCACAUUCUCCGAACAGCCCACACCAAGCAGGACUUAGUCCUAUUCGGGUUCAGCCAGGGCCUGGUGAGCCACCACAAUGCCCUCCACCACAUUGUCUUGCUAAGGGCAACACUUCACAGACGCAGCUUGAGAAACCAUGUAGUCCUUUGAACAUCAUCACACAGAUUCAGCACAGUCCCCCACAAAGACAUAGUCCUGCACAAGUCGGCACAUCACAUCCACAGACUCUAACACAGAAUGCUGAACCUACACUGGACCAUAAGAGUCCUGGAUCAAGCAGCCCUGCACAGCUGCAAUGUGGGGUUGCACAGGACAUUUCUACACUGGACCAGGACCACUCACUUGUCUUCUGUAGGUCUACCCAUCCAACAAGAAGACACGCCUCAAAGAGGCCCAUUUCAGCUCCAUGUAGCCCAGCACUGGCCCCACACAGAGCCACGCAGUGUAGUCUGUCACAACCUGCAAGCCCAGUACAGGCCCACUCUUUACAACCUGUUAGGCCUUCACAGCUUAGCCUACUUCCUUCUUUGCUUGAUACACAGUCAAAAAAGGAAUCCAACCAAACUGGUACCACAGAGCUGAAGUCUUCAGAGCACAGCCCUAUGCAGAGUCUUAACGUUGAUGGCCAAACACCGGAAAGUAGCCCUAUCCCUCUUAGCCACACUUCUGACCUGUCUGCAAUGCCACCGGAUGGCCACGGCACAGAUGGCAAAUUCCCAAACCAGCUUGGUCCUGUUCAGAGUAGUGCGCUUAACCCGGACCAUUCUAGCCCCUUUCAUGUCCAUGCCAUGCCCACACCAGAAAGCCUUGUUCACAUUAGCACUUCACUGGAACACUGUAGCCUGACUUGCUUGCCUUGUGCUGAUGAAACGGAGGAAAUUCCUCCCCCAGCAAGCCACAUUCAUCAGAGUCCUUCUUGUGAAUGCCCAUCAAGCUUCACAGAAGCUAUUGAAGGUAAAGCCAGCCCCAUACAUAUCCAAAAUAGCUCAGCUAGUGCUAGUCCCAAACAUGGCAGUCAAAUGCCUACUAACCCUGUCAGCUCUCUUCAGGCUUGUGCUAGUCCAGUACCACAGCAGAAUAGCGCUUCUCAUGUCAGUCCUCAAGCUGUAGAGACUAGCCCCUUAACACAACCAGCUAGCCCUGUAACGCUUCGAGCUAGCUACUCUGAGCAACCAAUUGACUGCAUGGCGCCACCUGUUACAUCCUCAACACAACCAGCUAGCCUAUCAGCAGUACUGGCUACACCCAUCCACCCCAUCUCCUGUCAGGAAGAGGAGAUGGAGCUAGCUGUCGACCACUCUAAUCGCGAUCAGUCAGAAACUUGUCCGAGUCAUCCUUUCUCCACUCCGGACAAUCCAGUACAUACUAGCCCAACUCAUGCUAGGCCAGUCAUCACACAAGCUAACAGUGGCUACAGUCUGAUGGGCUCCAUGCAUGCUCAAGAUGGGAUUAGUCCGUCUGUUGGUGGUGUUGCAGAGCUCGCACAGACUGACACAAGCCAAAGUCCCACACAUCCUGGUCAGUCAAGUUCCUCACAUGUACAAACUACCUGCAGUCCUUUGCAGACUUCGCCAGUACAGACAAGCCCCCUGCCUACAACAAACUUUAGUCCUCCACACUGUAGGCUGACUGAUACUAGCCCAGCUAGUAGCCCUGUUAGCCACAGUCUGAGCCAUUGUGGCCAGACAAGUUCCUGCUCUGCUUGCGUAAGUGACGUUAGCUUCAUCAUCAGUCCACCUAGGUCUAGUCCUGCUGGUCAAGCUAGUCCUGUUCACAUACAAAGCACUUCUAGUACUGCCCACUCAGGCCCAGUCCAAAGACGGAGUCCCUCAUUAGCUAGCAUGACAUACAGCAGCACUGCACAUGCUACUGUCACUUGUGUUAGUCCACCUCUCAGUCCAGCUCAGGCCAGUGAAACAUAUUGUAGCCCCACAGGUAGCCCCCAUUCUAGCCCAGCUCCUCACACUGGAAACGGGUAUGGCCUUACUGUGGCACGGCUGAGCCCCGCUUUGCCUAACUCAAGUCUUGAUGUGAAGGAGGAGGUCAGUUCUGUAAUUAAGAGCUCUGUUCUUCCCGAUGUGGUUCAGCUUGAUUCUGGUCUUGUUAAACAUACAGACUGUAUUAGGCAGACGAGCCCAACACCUGCCAGUUCCCUACCUGAUGACUCAUCUGCUGUUAGCCCCAUUCAGGCUAGACUGAGUCAGGUUAGCCAGUGCCCAGCAAGUUCUCUCUAUACCCACGAUGGGUAUGCUGUUGGAAGCACUGCCUCGGGAAGCCCCUUGUAUCAAAGACCAGUCACUCCUGUUGAUGCCACUUACACUCAGGCCAGUCCGAGCCAUGCUAGCCCUGACCAUUCUUCUCCCACUCAGGAUAACACUGCGAUGCCUAGCACAAGCCACACUAGUGAACCGCCCUCUGCCCCCUCACAGGUUAGCCCUCCUAAUUCUCCACAUGCUCAAGCAGGCUCUGUGCACACUAGCCCAGUUGCUAGUCCUGUUUGCGACCCCUUGCAAUCAGGUCAUACCCAGGUUAUCCCUAGCUUGGUGCGGCUAGAGACUAAUCCCAGUCCUGCUACUCCUGUGCAGCCAGAGGUUAGUCCCAGUCCUGGUCCUGCAAGCCCUAUGAGGUGUGAGGCUGGUCCCGGUUCUGUUAGCCCUGUUCUUGCCACCCCUGGGCAAUCUGAAACUAGCCCUAGUCCUGGUCCUACUAGCCCUGUGCAGCUUGAUGGUGGUCCUGGUCCUGGAAGCCUUUCUGUUUCCAUCCCCCAGCAACGCACACAGACAGAGAGGAGGGAGUCUGCAUCCACUGUGGAUGUCAGCGUGGCUGAGAAAGAGGAGGAAGACUUGGAGAGAGCAGCUCCACAGCAGGAGGAGGUGGAGGAGCCUUAUCAGACGGCAAAGCAGAGUCCCGAAGUAGGAGAACAGGAUCAGAAGAAGGAUCAGCACAGCAGCUCCAACUGUUCCUCAGGAGUCCAGCUUGGAUCUGUACUGAAUGAAGACCAUCAGUCUCCUCCUCACACUGCUGCUUCUGCCUCUCCCCUCCUCCUGCAGCCAGCUUCUCCCUCCCCUCAACCCACCACAACACACUCUGCCUUACCCCUCCAACAGCCCUCUUGCUCUCCGUCAUCUUCACCUCCUGCCUUCCCCCUCCCCUCACCACUAUCUCCUCCUCCUAGAGCUGGCUCUCUGGAGGCCUCCCCCACCUCCUCCCCUCACAGGACUGCCUUACUCCCCUCCUGUUCCCCCCACACUCCACCUUCUCCCUCCCCUCAUCUGGAGGACCUCCCCCAGGAAGAGAAACCUACUAAUCAAAGAGAAGCCGAGACGGGGACGGGAGCAAAGUCUGAGCUAGAGGACAGAACGCUUUCCUGUCAUGUGACGUUGGCAGAUGACAGCCAAUCACAGCGCCAAUUUGAACCUGUUGCUACAGCAACAGACCUCACCAAAGAUAAGCACCAAUCACAAGCUGAGCCUUCAGAGAGGGAGGAGGAGGAACCUCCUGAAACGCCAGAACAAACAUCACCAGCCGGGUCAGCUGCUCAUAAGGUGGUUGCAGGACAACAGCCGAUGAGGGAGAAGCAGGAUGCGAAGGAGGAGAUGAGAGCGAGUGGUGUGAAGGAUGAAGAGGAAGUGGAGGAGGAGAGGGAGGGCACCGAGCAGGAGGAACAAUCAGAUGUGGAGGAGGAGGAGCCAGUGAGCCCAGGGCUGGAACUGGAGCACUCUUUAGACAUGGAGGUGUUGGAGCUGAUGACGUCAUCUCCUCCCCCCUCCCUCCUCCACCUGUCCUCCCACAGCCCGCCUCCCUUCUCCCGCCGGGGAAAGGGUCGGACUCUCAGACCUCCUCUCUGCUCCUCUAGGCCAUCAGAUGACCUCGCCAUCCGUCUGAGGCAGUCUCCCUUCUCCACAGAGGCCUCCCCUGAGACCUCCCCCACCAGAGCUCCCAUGACCCCGCCUCCGCUCUCCCCGCUGUCACCUCCUCUCCGGUCCUCCCCCGCUACCAGAGAGUCUCCACCUCUCUCCAAGGUAAAUCUGCCACAGGCACUUCCCACCACUGUGCUGCCCCUCACCCCUAAAAUCGGAAUGGGGAAACCAGCCAUCUCUAAGAGGAAGUUCCCCGGCAGAGCCAGGGUCAAACAGGGUUCGUGGUGGAGUAAUCGCAGGGCGGUGAGCCCCCCCUCGUCCUCCCAGGAUUCCACGGGGGAGGGAGGGUGGGACAGCCCUAAGCCCCGUCCUCCGGACUCCCCCCUCUGGAGCAUGAGAGUGGGUCGUGGUUCAGGGUUUCCAGGAAGGAGGAGGUCCAGAGGAGGAGGUCUUGGAGGAGGAAGAGGAGGGAGAGGAAGGAGCCGGCUGAAGACUCAGGACACUGUGACCGUGUCACCUGGAUGCGGUGUGUACGUGGAGCCGUUCCAGCCAAAGGAGGAGGAGGAGAGCUCAAUGCACAACACGGUGGUGAUGUUCUCCACCUCCGACCACUACACCCUCAAACAGGACAUGUGUGUGGUGUGUGGGAGUUUUGGUCAGGGAGCUGAAGGCAGACUGUUGGCCUGUUCUCAGUGUGGACAGUGUUACCAUCCCUACUGUGUUAACGUCAAGAUCACGCGGGUUGUCCUGACCAAAGGUUGGCGCUGUCUGGAGUGUACAGUGUGUGAAGCGUGCGGCGAGGCCAGUGACCCCGGACGACUGUUGCUAUGUGACGACUGUGACAUCAGCUACCACACUUACUGCCUGGACCCGCCCCUUCAUACAGUACCUAAAGGAGCCUGGAAGUGCAAGUGGUGUGUGUGGUGUGUCCAGUGUGGCUCCACCUCCCCCGGGCUGCACUGUGAUUGGCAGAGUAACUACAGUCGCUGUGGACCGUGUAGCAGCCUGAGCCGCUGUCCUCUCUGUCAGAGACCGUACUCGCAGGACGACCUCAUUCUGCAGUGUCAGCAGUGCGACAGGUGGGUCCACGCUGUCUGCCAGGGCCUGACCACUGAAGAUGAGGUGGAGGCGGCUGCUGACGAAGGCUUCGACUGCUCUCUGUGCCGCACGCAGGGCCGCGGCUCAUACGGGAGGUCGGACACUUUCGAGUCUCCCUACAUGGCCCAGAUCGUCUCCAGGACCAGAGAACCCGACUCCAAGACGUACACCCAGGACGGCGUGUGUCUCACAGAGUCCGGUCUGUCUCACCUGCAGUCUCUGGUGGAACCUCUGACGUCCCCGCGCAGGUACCGCAGGUGUAAACCCAAACUGAAGCUGAGGAUCAUCAACCAGAACAGCGUGUCUGUCCUGCAGACGCCACCUGACCCCGACCUCCCCGCUGAGCAGGACCACGGCAGAGGUGAGUUGGAGUGUGAGAUGAAAUCCGACUCCAGCCCAGAGCGAGACCACGCCCACGACGAUGAUGUCACCAAGGAGCUCGAGGCCACUGACGCCAACAAGAAGAGGAAACGGAAACCCUACAGGCCAGGUAUCGGGGGCUUCAUGGUGCGUCAGCGUGGAGGGAAGGCCGGUCCGAGCAGACUCAAACUGUGUAGAAAAGAUUCCACGGAGACGCUGCCCGGUCGAGACGGAGGCCUCCUGGGGGCUGAUGUUUCCAUGGAGACGGCGCCCCCUGCUGACCAGACGAUGGACAAGGUGAAGAAGAGAUACCGAAAGAAGAAGACGAAGCUGGAGGAGGCCUUCCCUUCUUACCUCCAGGAGGCGUUUUUCGGUCGGGAUCUUCUCGACCGGAGCCGGCAAGUGGACAGGAGGCCGGGGCCGGAGACACCGCGUGGCAGUGACCUGAAAGGCCCCGCCCCUGGAUUACAUGGCCCCUCCCCCACGGGCCUGCCAGUCGGCGCCCUGGCGACCAACGCCAUCAAGAAGCAGGGAACGCUGCCCGUGUCGGAGGAAGCCCUGCUGGAUCUGUCUGACGUUCUCAGCACUGACCCUCACAUUCUGGCUACAGGACACUCAGGUCAGUUCCAGGUGGAGCGCUCCCCGUCUCCGUUUGCUGCGUUUCCUCGUCUUCCUCUGAUGAACGGCCUGAUGGGAGCUAAUCCUCACUUUCCAAACGCUCCCAUGAUGCCCAGCGGUGUUCAGGGUCCUGUGGGCUUUGGGAUGCCCCUUCCCGAGUGCCCCGCCCCCGCGCCGCUCCCGGGCCCCGCCCCCGGGCCGGCCUCUUCCACUCAGGGUUCGGCCGGAGAGGGUGAGCAGGACGGGAUGUCGACGGCUCAGAGGAGCAUGCUGAGGGAGAAGGAAGAGAUUCUGGGGGUGGCCACGUCGCCCCCGCUCUACUGCAACACCAACUUCCCCCAGCUGAGAGAGCAGUACCCCGACUGGUCCACCAGGGUGAAGCAGAUCGCCAAGCUGUGGAGGAAGGCCAGCUCUCAGGACAGGGCGCCCUUCGUGCAAAAAGCUCGAGAUAACCGAGCGGCUCAGCGCAUCAGCAAGGUGCAGCUGUCCAACGACCCGCUGAAACGCCAGCAGCCCUCACAGCAGCAGCAGCCGCAACUGCAGCAGCAGCCGCCGCCGCCGCCGCAGCCACCGCCCGGGCCUUAUGACCCCGCUUCCAUGGAGGCGGAUGGGACGUUCAAGGACCCGCUGAGGCCCAAAGAGACUGAACAGGAGCAGGAGUGGAAGUUCAGACAGGGAGAGGUAAAUGACAGAUGGGGAGCCGGUAAGAAGAGGCAGGAAAAUCUCCCCCAAAGCAAAGCCCUAAAAUCACCAACAGAUAAAGAUUGUCCAUACCAGGCAUCUGUAGCAGGAGGUGGCAAAGAGGCUCUGCAAAUGCGUCAGAAGAGUAAGCAGCUGGCGAGGAUCGAGGCCACGCAGAAGUUGGAGCAAGUCAAGAACGAGCAGCUACUGCAGCAGAGGCAGCAGCAGCAGCUGUUAGCCGGCCAGCGCCUCGCCGGCCAGCUUUCCCCUGAGCCCGGCAGCCGGGGCCCCAUGACACCUACUGGGGGCAGCGGCUCCCCCCUCCAUCCACCAGCAUCCAGGGAAGGUCAAUCCAGACAGCAGCACCUCCUGCAGGGGGGCCAGAGUUCAGGAUUUGUUGACGACGUCUUCCUCAGACCGCAAGCCCCUCCCCCCUCCGGAUUCUCCUCUCUCCCUCACUCCCCCCACUCCUCCUCCCCUCUCCAUCAGCCUCCUUCCUCCCCCCAGAUGUUCUCCCCGCCCUCCUCCCGCCCCUCCUCGCCCUGGGAUCCCUAUAGUACAGUAGCAGGAACUCCUCGCCCCGCAUUCUCCCAGGCUGGUGGCCCUCCAGCCCCCCAGCAGCAGCGGCGCAACUCCCUAAAUGCCUCCCCAGCCCAUGAUGCCUUUGGUUCCCCUGCACCAUCCCCAGACUCCAAAAUCUCCGACGUCUCCAGAACCAUUGGACCACAACCAGGUCUGCAGCAGAGCAGAGCACCUAUGAUGAGCCCCUCCUCGGUCUCGGCCCCGGACCAUUUGACCAGACAUGUUGGCGCCAGAGCCGCUGAGACCUUCCAGCGGACUCCUCAUAACAGCAGUAACGUUCAUGUGGCGGCGUCUGAACUCUAUGGUCGGCCUGGUGAACUGGUUCAUGGUGGGGUUUUUAAAGCUCCCAUGCCCCCGAACCACCAGCCUCAGCCGGAGGUAUUUAGCAGCACAGGAGGAGGAGCAAGGAGGGACCCAGCUAGACCCACAGAUCUGGGCUAUGCCCUACCUCAAACCCAGGACAUUCCCUUCCCCUCUAGUCCACUGUCGGGGCUGGGCUCCCCCCAUCGCAGCCCCUACUCCCAGACACCCGGCACCCCUAGGCCUGACUGUAGCCAGCAGAUCACUGACCCCUUUACACAGCAGUCACCUAUGACCUCCCGGCCCUCACCUGACCCCUACAGUAACCCUCAUACCCCCGGUACACCACAUACACAGUCUGACCCCACAUACCUCAACACACCGCCUGUGCUGAGACUGGACCAAUAUAACCAGCAGUCUGCCAGCCGUCGGCCGUCCCCCUCCCACCCAACCCUUGACCCCUAUGCCUCCAACCCAGGGACGCCCCGCCCCUCUGUCACAGAGCGCUUGCCUCGAUCACCAGGGAAUCAGCAGGGCACCGAUCCCUACUCUCAGCAGCCCUCCACACCACGACCCCAGAAGGCCCCUGAGUCCUUCUGCCAGGCCCCAGUAGAGAGCUUCAAUCCUCAGCCGGCAGGAUCCGGUUCAUCCCCUUCGGCUCCAAGACUGUCUGGAGAGACGGUGACCUUUACCCCGACACACAGCCAGUUGCAACAGUCUCCAGGACGACGACAGCAACAGCAAAUGCAGGAUUCAUUUCCCAGAACCCCCAGCAACCAGACCCCAAAGCACUCCGGGAUGUCAGAGGAAAGUAGCUUCUCGGGCUUGGCGGGUCAGACUCCUGGUCACGACCCCUUCGAGCAAGGUCAGAUGACACCAGGCCUCUCACAGACGGACACGACCAAUGCGAUGGCAGCGCUAGCUUCUUCAGAUGGACCAAUGAGCAUGCUGCCUCAGCUCGGUGACACAGAGGAGAAGCUCAGACAGCGGCAGCGGCUCCGGCAGCUCAUCCUGAGGCAGCAGCAGCUGAAGAGCUCCUUGCGGCAGGAGAAAGGUCUGCAGGAGGCAGCUUCUGGACUCGCCGUAGCCCCUGCUGCUUCGCCGGGACCCACCCCUGGUUCUGCCACACCACAUCACUGGUCCCAGGAGGACUCCUCCACUGCUCCUCCAGCAGACCUGUUUGGACGUCCGCCGCCCCCCUACCCUGGCACUUUGAGGCCUGGUGGAGCUCCAGCCCCGAGGUUCCCUGGAGGUUUUCCAGGGGAGCAGCAGAGGGGGUUCAACCCCAACGAGGCUCCUUUCCCCAGGCAGAGCCUCCCCAGAGAGCUGUUAGUUCGAGGACCCCUCAUGAGGUUCAGUGGUCCUCUAGGAGCUCCAGUGGGUUUCCAGGACUCCUUCCUUCGUCCUCCCCAGGGAUCGGUGCCUGGAUCUGGGCUCAGUGGGAUGGAGGGAGUCCCUGUCCAAAUGAGGAGGCCGAUGCCUGGGGAGUUCACCGGCAUCCGAACCCUCCCGGCUCCCAACGCUCACCCACACAUGCCGCCAGGUGUCCCCCAGCCCUUCCUCCCGCGCUCCAUACCCUUCCAGCAGCACAGCAUCAUGGGACAGCCUUACAUCGAGCUUCGCCACCGCGCCCCCGAACACCGUCUGAGGCUGCCCUUCCCUCUGCCCGGUGCCUCGGACCACGAGACCCCUCUGCUGCACCCCCGAGACCCCCAGCCGUCUCCUGUCAGGCCCGGUCUGGGGCCCAGGAUGGGUGAGACCCAGCUGUGCCAGCAGAUGGUGAUGGACCAGCUGAACCAGCAGCACACGGCGGCGCUGACACAGAGCGGCGAGUCCACGCUGCCUGGGACUGAUGGGAUGGAGGAGCAGAUGGAGGGGGAGGACUCGGCCGUGAAGGAUCUGGAAGACGUGGAGGUGAAAGAUCUGGUCGACCUCAACCUCAACCUGGACCCUGAAGACGGUAAAGAGGACCUGGAUCUGGGUCCUAACGACCUCCACCUCGACGACUUCCUGCUGUCGGGAAAGUUCGACCUGAUCGCCUACGCUGACCCCGAGCUCAAUCUGGAGGACAAGAAGGACAUGUUCAACGAGGAGCUGGACCUGGGGGAGUCGGUGGAGGAGAAGGAGGGGGCGGAGAGGAGGGACGGAUCCGGCGGGUCCAGAAAGACAGACGGCCACCUGAUAGGCCAGGUCAAACAGGAAGUGCAGGACGGCGUCAAGACAGAAGCAACCCAGUACCCUGCACCUCAACCUGGGAUCAUCACCAGCAGCAGCAGAGCCCCCGGACCUCCAGGAGCUCCAGGAGGGCCCGAUGCAGCAGGCUCCAGCCAGCCCGGCUCCUCUGGUCUCCUCUCCAAGGAGAGGGUGGAAGGCUCUGGCUCCGGUUCAGGGGCCUUGGCAGCUCCUCACACCCAGGAACAGGCUUCUUCGAUGGGCAUGGGUUCCAGAGUUCAGCCCCCGAUUGCUGGAGGUCCACAGCCUGUCUUCCAGCAGCAGCUGAGACCGUUGGGACCCUCCCCCUCGGCGCUCCUCUCCCCCCACCCUCAGGGUCUGCCACUAGCUCCCCACCCCAGUUUGACUCCUCAGGGCCCCCCUGCCUCGCCUCACCAGCUGUCCCUCCAUCACUCCCAGCCUCGCCUCCUCCUCAACCCCCAGACCCAGAGCCAGGCUGUCUUCUCCCAAAACCAAGACGAGGACCAGGACCAGAGCAAGCACAGGCCUCUGCUCCUGGAGGAGCAGCCGCUCCUCCUGCAGGAGCUCCUGGACCAGGAGCGCCAGGAGCAGCAGCAGCAGAAACAGAUGCAGGCCCUGAUCAGACAUCAGUCCAGCCCAGACUCUCUGAUACCCAACAUGGACUUUGACUCCGACCCCAUCAUGAAGGCCAAGAUGGUGGCCCUGAAGGGCAUCAACAAGGUCAUGACCCAGGGCACCCUGGGACUCAACCCCAUGGUCAUCAACAGGUUCCAGCAGGCUCCUGGGGCCCCGGCGGCUCUGGUGGCCCCUAGCCCAGAGGGGGCUCCUCAGCCUCCACACCUGGUGGGACAGGACGGGAAGCUGAACCCCCAGCUGGUGCGACCCAGCCCCCCCAGCUUCGGCCCGGGCUUCGUCAACGAGUCUCAGCGGCGGCAGUACGAGGAGUGGUUGGGCGAGACGCAGCGGCUCCUGCAGAUGCAGCAGCGCCUCCUGGAGGACCAGAUCGCCGGUCACCGCAAGACCAAGAAAUCUCUGUCGGCCAAGCAGAGAACGGCCAAGAAGGCUGGCCGACCCUUCGCCGAGGACGACGCCGCCCAGCUCCGCCACAUCACCGAGCAGCAGGGGGCGGUCCAGAAACAGCUGGAGCAGAUCCGGAAGCAGCAGAAGGAUCACGCCGAGCUGAUCGAGGACUACAGGACCAAACAGCAGCAGCACACGUCUCUGCAGCAACAACCAGGGGCCGCCCCUACGGUGCCUGCAGGAGUGCCCCCCAUCCCCCAGACCCUCCUCUCCCAGCCCAGGGUGUCCAUGCAGCCCCACCCGGGCGGCCCUACCCCGCCCCAUGUUCCAAACGCCCCCCCUGGUUGGAACCCAGGGGGCGGUGCCCCAGUGGUGAUGGGGCAGAGGAUGCCGCUUCAUCUACCCCCUCAGAUUCCUCCCACCCUGCCCAAUGCCCCCCAGGCUCCCGCACACACCCAGACACCCCCCGCCAUGGCGCCCGGGAUCCCUGCUCCCACAGCUGGCUUCACUGCAGGCCCCAGGGGCCCUACUGGAGGGCCCAACGGGGCAGCAGCGGACGGAGCCGCCGCCUCUCGUCAGGUGAAGUUUGACGACAACAACCCAUUCAGCGAGGGUUUCCAGGAGAGAGAGAGGAGGGAGAGGCUGAGAGAGCAGCAGGAGAGGCAGAGAGUUCAGCUCAUGCAGGAGGUGGAGCGUCAUCGGGCCCUGCAGCAGAGACUGGAGCUGGAGCAGCAGGGCCUCCUGGGAGCCUCCGUGGGCCCUGGAGUAGCAGCCAUGCCCCCAUCUGGAGCUCUGUCAGGGGCUCGAGUUGGUCUGACACCAGGACCUGGACCUGGAGGUCCUGCUGGGUCGGCACCUGAAGGAGACAGUCUCUCCCAGAUGCCCUUCUUCAGCUCUGAGCUGCCCCAGGACUUCUUGCAGUCACCUCCAGCCUCCAGAGGGCCCCUGCAGCACCAGGGCCAGCCGGGGCCACCAUUCCCCCAGCAAGUAGGCCUCCACCAAGAUUUCACAGGAGGACCCCUGCACCCUGGAGCUCACCCAGCUCCAGGCCCCGGGCCCCUGAUGGAUUUAGCUCCUUCCAACCUCCAGACCAGACCAAGGCUCUCAGGCCCCGCGGGGCCCUCAGCCCACGGACAGGCUCGGCCCCCUGGGGUCGGAGGAGGAGGAGGAGGAGCACUGACCCCCUCCCAUCCUGGAGGUGCGGCUCAUCGAUUUGGACAGGACUCCCCCUGCUCCUCCUCAGGAGGCCCCGCCUCCCUCAUCCAGCUGUACUCUGACAUCAUCCCCGACGACAAACCAAAGAAGAAGAGGAGCAGGAAGAGGGACGGAGAGGACGCCGCAGGCGGAGGAGGAGCCAGGACGCCGCUGUCCUCGCACUCUGAUGACAUCACAGCUCCGCCCACUCCGGCCGUUUCGGACACUUCCUGCUCCACGCCCACUCGGGGGGGGUUGGACCAAUCAGAUCUGUCCUUCUCUCUAAGCUCCUCCCUCUGCGGUCUGGCUCCGUCCUCGGAGUUGGAGAGGCAGCUGUCCGUGAUCUCCGCAGCCCAGCAGAGAGGCUCCGCCCUGGGCCUGGAGUCUCUGAGAGGCCCCCUGUCUGCAGCUCGCCUGGAGGUCAAGGAGGAGCGUGAGGAGGGAGGAGCGUGCGGCGGCGGCGGCGUGGUGAAGAUGGAGGAGGGCGAGGGAUUCUUCUCGCCCUCCCCUCUCCACGGGGGAGGCAAAGAUGGAGACGGGGGGAAGGAGCUGCUCAGACACCUGCUGAAGGACAAGACCUCGCCGGCCACCACGCCGUCACCCACCGGCCAGGCUCCGCCCACCGCCCGCCGGCAGCUGUCCCACGACAGCGUCCGGUCCGAGGAGGAGGACAGGCCCGGUUCCCAUGGCAACAUGGUGAUGACGGACAGUCCGGGUCCAGACCUGCUGGACUCCUGCGGCAGGAAGAAGCCUCAGCGCUGUAAAAGGGUCGCUCGGCCGGAGAAAGACAGAGCUCCUCCCAAAACCAAGAGGAGGAAGAAGGAGGAGGAGGAGAAGACGCUGCACUCCUCCUCCACCGCCUCCUCCGACCCGCUGAUGACACACCUCUCUCAGCUGGCGGUGCUUCCCCUCAUGGAGCCGGUCCUGCGGGUGGAUCUGAGCCUGUUCGCCCCGUACGGCAGCUCCUCUCUGGGCAGAGACUCCUCGCUGACGGGCUCCUUCGGGAACGCCUGCCUGGACGGAGUCACCGACUACUACUCCCAGCUCAUAUACAAGAACAACCUCAGUAACCCCCCCACACCGCCGGCCUCCCUGCCCCCCACCCCUCCACCUGUCGCCAGGCAGAAGCUGGUGAACGGCUUCGCCACGACGGAGGAGCUGAACAGGAAGGACAUCACCGAGCAGGACGUGAAAGGUGUGAAGCAGAAGGGGGAGGGUCUUAUGGCUCUAAACCACACCUCAAAAACUGUAGACGUCCCCGCCUCCCUGCCAACCCCACCGCACAACAACCAGGAAGAGCUGAGGGUCCAGGACUCGUCGGGGCGCAACAGUCCGGACGGCUUCGUCCCGUCGUCGUCUCCGGAGAGCGUGGCGGACGUGGAGGUCAGCAGGUACCCCGACCUCUCCUUCAUCAAACUGGAGCCGCCCUCGCCCUGCCCGUCGCCUCCAAUACCCAUCAUGCCCUGCGCCUGGGGAAAAGGCUCUGCAGUGAAACAGGAAGUGAAGUCGGAGCCGAACCAUCAGGCUCCUCCCUCCUGCUCUAACGCAGACCUGGUUACCAUAGCGAUAACCCUGAACCCUGUCGCAGCUCAGAACGUUGCAGGUGUGAUGGCGGCGGUGGCGGAGCUACUUAAGGUUCCCGUCCCCGCCGACUACCAGCUGAGCCGACCCGCGGGCCCCGAGCGCAGCUCUCUGGCCCUGCUGGCUGGAGUCCGAGUGCCGCUGACGCAGGGUCCAUCAGGCAGCAGACCGCAGAGACCUGCUGCUGGGAACACUGCUGUCAGAAUGGACUACAUCCAACAUGGCGGCCAAGCUGCUGCCGCCAGGCCUCAGUGUUGCAGCUACUGCAAGGCGCUGCUGGGAAAUGUAGUCCGCAUCGUCAAGGAGCUCAAACAGGAGGGUCAGUCCAGACCAGGAUCCAGCCUGGUGUUCUGCAGUCCAAACUGUUCUGCACUCCACACAUCUGACCUACAGAACAGAGCAGCUGGAAACAAGUCUGCAGACGGCGUCCUGCCCCCUCCCAGCACAGUGCAGCACCAGUACACCAACAACAUGUCUUCCAUCGCGGUCCAGUCCCUCCUCCACACUCCCUCCUUACCUCCUCCCGCCUCCUCCUCGCCGCCGCUGUCCUUCCCCCCUGCCUCCGCCAUCACCAUGGAGACCAGGCCCCGCAUGGAUAGCCUCAAGGUGAAGGUGAAGUUGAAGCCCCGCCCCCGGGCGGUCCCAGGCGGAGAGGACUCGCUGUCGUCUCGCCACGGGAAAAGGAUCAAGAGUUCCCGCUGGAGACGCUGGAGCUUUAGCAUUACAUUAAGCAGGGGCCCUUGCACCCCUAACGAGGCGGUUGCCAAGCCAACAGAGGAGGAAGUGGAUGAGCUGUUGAAGAAGUUGGGGGCGUGUCUUCGUCCUGACCCGUUACCCAGAGACCAGCGGAGGUGCUGCUUCUGUAACCAGCAGGGAGACGGACAGACUGAUGGACCAGCCAGACUGCUGAACCUGGACCUGGACCUGUGGGUCCACCUGAACUGUGCUUUGUGGUCCAGCGAGGUGUAUGAGACCCAGGCCGGCGCCCUGAUCAACGUGGAGCUGGCUCUGAGACGAGGACUGACUCUGCGCUGCGCUCACUGUCAGCAGACCGGAGCCACGAGCGGCUGCAACCGGCUCCGCUGCACCAACACCUACCACUUCACCUGCGCGCUGCAGGCCCACUGCACCUUCUUCAAGGACAAGACCAUGCUCUGCCACCUCCACAAGCCCAGGACAGGUCCUCUCAGCGGGGACAGGUCCUCCAGCUGCUCCCCCUCCUCCACCCCGGGGCCGACCCCCGACCCUGCGGCGAUGGCGGUCUGUGACCCGUACGACACGGAGCUGCGGUGCUUCUCCGUGUUCCGGCGGGUGUUUGUACAGCGGGACGAGGCGCGGCAGAUCGCUGCCGUGGUGCAGCGCGGCGACCGGCAGUACACCUUCCGCGUGGGCAGCCUGCUGUUCCGCGCCAUCGGCAGGCUCCUCCCACAGCAGAUGAACGCCUUCCACAACAAGACCUCCAUCUUCCCCAUCGGCUACCACGCAAACCGUAUCUACUGGAGCAUGCGCCACAGCAACAGACGCUGUAAGUACCUGUGCUGCAUUGAGGAGCAGGAGGGCCGGCCGCUGUUCAAGGUGAAGGUGGUGGAGAAGGGAUACGACGACCUCAUACUGACCGGACCAACGCCCAAAGCUGUGUGGGACCAGAUUCUGGAUCCAGUAGCUCAGAUGAGGCCCUCCAGUGGGACCCUGAAGCUGUUCCCAGUUUACCUGAAAGGAGAAGACCUGUUUGGUCUGACCACGUCUGCAGUGACCCGGAUCAUCGAGUCUCUGCCAGGUGUGGAGACCUGUGAGUGCUACACCUUUCGUUACGGCAGGAACCCUCUGAUGGAGUGGCCUCUGGCCUUUAACCCGUCUGGCUCGGCCCGCUCCGAACCCAAAGCCUGCCAGGCCAAGAGACCGACCCUGCUGACCAGCAUCGCACCCAGGUGUCAGGGCUCGGUGGGCUCCAUCGUGGGUCUGGUGCCCGGCGUCAUCUCUCUGUCCCCGGGCGAGUCUGUGGCUGGAGCUCACCAGGGACGCCACUCCAAGUCGUCCCAGUACCGACGCAUGAAAGCCGACUGGAAGACCAAUGUCUACCUGGCCCGCUCUCGCAUCCAGGGUCUGGGUCUGUAUGCUGCCAGAGACAUCGAGAAGUGCACUAUGGUAAUUGAGUACAUCGGCACUAUCAUCAGGAGUGAGGUAGCCAAUCGCAAGGAGAGGCUGUACGAGUCACAGAACCGCGGCGUGUACAUGUUCCGGAUCGACAACGACUUUGUGAUCGAUGCCACCAUCACUGGAGGACCGGCUAGGUACAUUAACCACUCGUGUGCUCCCAACUGCAUCACGGAGGUGGUCAAUGUGGAGAAGGAGAACAAGAUCAUCAUCAGCUCCUGCAGACGCAUCCAGAGAGGAGAAGAGCUGUCUUAUGAUUACAAGUUCGACCUGGAGGACGAUCAACAUAAGAUCCCAUGUCACUGUGGAGCCGUCAACUGCCGCAAAUGGAUGAACUGAACACACACACACAGACACACAGGCAGCUCUCCCUCUCUCUCUGAGGCUGGAUGUCCUUCGCCCAUCGCUCUGUGGGCGGAGCUACACUUCAUAUCAGAAGUACAUAUUAAUAAUAAUAAAACUGAUCACAGAUUUGAUCAGACGUUAUAAUAAUGAUGAUGGGGGGGUGAUUGACAGGUGAGGGGCGGGGUUUAUGACGAGGCUGGUCCUCAGUGUGUAUAUUGCGUGUAAAAACGACCACAGAUGUAAAUGUGAGUGUAAACGCCACUGAAAUAACAGAAUGUCGUCAUCCUCAGAGGAGCUUUAUUAACUUGCACUAAAAAAAACCAGAAAACUACAAAAACACAUACUUGACUCCUCCUCCUCCUCCUCUUCAUCCUCCUCUUCCUCCCUGCGUUUUGUUAAUUUCCUGUAAAAUAAGAGAUUUUUUUUUCUUAUUGUAUUUAUUACGAAUGAAGCUAUUUUCUAAAAUCCACGGUGAGUUUGAGGUCCGGAAUCGCAGCGUGUAAAUAUGUGUAUCAUAAAUUUAAAAACUCCACCAUGAGCUACCUUAACAUCCUCAUCCUCACCUUCAUCACCUGCCCUUCAGAGCGCCCUUCUGUCAGAGUUUAAAUAAAGUUUCACUCUUUCUGUUUCCUUCCCCCCCUCCCCGGCGCUGGAGGUGGUGUGUUUUGAUUGGACAGACGGUGUCGGGCAGGUGUCACUGCGGCCUUCAUCUAACUUUUGUUUCCUUCCCCCAGUGUUUCGUCUGCAGGCGUCUUUAGGUUGUUUUUUUCACUUUGUGUUGAGUUCAGGGUCCUGCUGCCGUGUAAAUAUGAGCUUUCAUCGGGACUCUGCUGAUGUGUACAGUUUGACGACAUUAAGACUUGUUUUUGUUUUUUUAUUAUUGGACGUAAACAAAGUGUGAUGAUGAUGAUGUUUUUGUUGUUUUUGGGAAAAUGUGGAAUCUGAUUUAGAAUCAUUUACAUAAAAUAAAAUAUUUUACAUCUUGAAGAAACA